AUGUUCUACUGGUUAUCAAACUGCAAAGCAGUAGAGCUCACGCCUCAUAAUCCAGGUAGGGAAGCGGCUGGAAGGAGUUGUGGACGUCGAGGACGAGGAGUAAGUGUUGCUUGUUCCGUCAUCGUCCCAGAUCGUGAUGAAGCUGCGGAUUCUAUACUCGGAUAUUCGGUUAAGCUUCCGGUCGGCAUAAGACUUAUAAUGUUUGAUGUCAAACUGAUAGUAGACGAAUACAAACUGGAAAAAGUUUAUCGUCCAGUGGAAUACACCGAGUACGAGGCGUGCUUGGAUGUCUCCAAGGGCUUCAGAUGUCCUGUCGUUAAAAAAGGUGGACGAUAUGGUUAUAAGAACGUACUGGUAAAAGUCGAGAAGUACGUGAAAGCAUGUUGUGCCGGUUACUAUCAAACUAAGGAUAAUCUUUGUAAACCCGAAUGCGAACCGCCUUGUAAGAAAGGUCACUGCGUGGCGCCGAAUGUCUGCGAAUGUGAUUCGGGUUACGGUGGGAAGCAUUGCACAUCAACUUGCUCUGUGGGAUUAUGGGGUCCUUCAUGUCAGAGGAAAUGCGUCUGUGAAAAUGGAGCGAACUGUGACCCAGAAACCGGCUCCUGUAUUUGUCCGUCAGGAUUCCACGGUGAGAAAUGUGAAAGUGAAUGUCCUGCCGAUCGCUAUGGACCGAACUGUUCGGAGAAAUGCCUUUGUCAGAACGGUGGACGUUACAUUUUCCGAUGCGACCACGACGGAAAAUGUAUUUGUCUUGACGGCUUCGCUGGGGAGUUUUGCCUUAGCAAAUGUAGUGAGGGGAAGUUUGGUGCCAACUGCGAGUUCGAAUGCGCUUGUAAGAACGGAGCGACCUGCGACGCUGUGAACGGUCGUUGUCUUUGUGCCGCCGGUUUCACUGGGCCGACUUGUGAGGAUAGUUGUGAAUCCGGUUUCUAUGGCAUGAACUGUUCGAAACCUUGCGACUGUCUGAACAACAACGAUUGCGAUCCAGUCACCGGAAAAUGUUCAUGCGUCGGUUGGAUGGGUGAGAAGUGUGAGCGCGGAUGUCCAAAAGGAUAUUAUGGUCCUAUGGCAAUGUGUGAAGAGGAUAUGUACGGGCAAGACUGUUCUAAACAAUGCUCAUGUAUUAUGAAUAACACUGAAUCAUGCGCACCAGGCACGGGUUACUGUAGAUGUAAACCUGGUUUUGCUGGAGACUCGUGCGAACGGAUUUGUUCAAAGCUGUUUUGGGGUCGAGACUGUGCUAACAAGUGCGAAUGCGAUUACAACGUCACAUCAGAAUGUGAUCUGAAUAGUGGUAGAUGCGUUUGCCUGCCUGGUCGAACAGGUUUGAACAGUAACGUAAUCGAAAAUGUGUUAUUCAUAGAUGUGAAGAGGAAUGCCCAGACGGUUUCUUUGGUCUCGGCUGUGCAUUUAACUGCAGCUGUGGAAAGAAUGGCAUAUGCGACAAGAGAGACGGGACAUGUAAAUGUCAAGAUGGUUUCCAUGGUGCUUUGUGCACGAUUUCUUGCCCAGCCGGUCACUUCGGCUCGUCUUGUGCGGCGUGUCAGUGCCGUAACGGAGCCGGCUGCGAUCCGCGACCAAUCGUCUCAGAGAAGCGUUGAGAUUUUUCCAGGUUGGACAGGCGUCAAAUGCGACACGCCUUGUGCUGCUGGAACCUAUGGUCCGCAUUGUUCUAUUGCUUGUCGUUGUAAAAACGGUGGCGAAUGUGAUCGAUUUACUGGUGAAUGCAGUUGUCGUCGUGGUUUCAAAGGUCCGGAUUGUUCUACGCAAUGCGAAAACGGCUACUAUAGUGACGAUUGCCAGUUGGAAUGCGACUGUGCCGGUGGAAGUUGUCAGCAGAAAACUGGCAGAUGUGUUUGCGAGGUGGGAAAGACAGGCGAGAAAUGCUUCUCAGACUGUGAUCCUGGUCGAUUCGGUUACGAGUGUCAGGAAAAAUGCACGAAUUGUACUCGAGACAACGGAUCACCUGCAACAUGUAAUGCAAAGACUGGAGAGUGCUUGAACUGUCCAGUUGGAAAGUCCGGAGCGAACUGUAAGCAUAGCUGUGAUGAUGGCAAAUGGGGUGAAGAUUGUUCUGAAAAGUGUACAUGUGCUGAUGGUCACAAAUGCGAUCCCUGUAAGUGUGCGUCGGAAUUCAAGGAAUGCGAUCCGCAUACUGGUGAAUGUGCUUGUCCAGCCGGAUGGCAAGGUGAUCGCUGUAAUGUGCAAUGCGAGGAUGGUUUCUACGGUCCAGACUGCAUCAAUAAGUGCAAGUGUCGUGGAACAUCGUCAGCUAGUUGUCAUCGUGUCACCGGCGCCUGUCAAUGCCAUCCGGGGUUCACUGGCGAGUUCUGCCACGCACAGGCGGCAAACUACGAUCUUGAGAAAUCCGUACGCUCAGAUAUCCAGACGAAGCAUGGAUACCUGGCCACAGAGUGCGAGAUACUGCUGCAAUUCCAACAGCAACAGGGCAUUGAGAAUGGCUCGCGGGCUGGAGUAAUUCUACUUGCACUCAUCGUCUUCGGUAUUGCAUCGGUGCUGCUCGUCUCGAUGGUGCUGUAUUAUAGGCGUAAGUACAUCCACGAAAAGGAACCCGAAGUACCGACGGUCAUGUACGUGAAUUUCUAA